AUGACCUCACCCUCACCCCCUGCCUCUCUAAACCCUGACUCUGAAUCUCUGGACAGUUGUAUCCAGAACACCCUCUCAGCCCUCUACCCUCCCUUUGAUGCCACAGCCUCCACGGUGCUGUGUCAGGUAUUUGAUGUGGUGGAGACCAGCUACAGAGGAGACGGAUUAAGAUACCUUAUUGACUUCCUGGUCCCUGCCAAACACAUCCUGCAGACCAUCCAGCAACAUGCCUGUUUCCCGUACUGCGGCCUGUUAUUCCGGCACCAGGGCUGGCCUCUGUGUCUCCAGGACAAGGUGAUCAUCCAGCUCUCUCCUCUGGACCCACGUGUCCUCCGCCCCGGGGACUUCUACCUACAGGUGGCAUCGCCCUCUGUCUCCCCCAGCUCUUCCUCCACCAACACCCCCAACUCCUCCUCCACCAACACCCCCGGCUCCUCCUCCACCAACACCCCCAGCUCCUCCUCCACCAACACCCCCAGCUCCUCCUCCACCAACACCCCCAGCUCCUCCUCCACCAACACCCCCGGCUCCUCCUCCACCAACACCCCCAGCCCACCCUGUCUCAUCCUGCGCUGUCUGGCCCCCAGUGGGCAGCAUGUAGAGGAGGUAAAGUUACCAGAGCUAGCCUACACCUCCCUGUUCACCAUGGCCUGGCUCCACUCAGUCAACAGGGAACGGAGUGGAGCAGGAACGGAGACAAGGUCUGGGACAGGGUCUGGGACAGGGUCUGGGACAGGGUCAGGGACAGGGUCAGGGACAGGGUCUGGGACAGGGCCUGGGACAGGGUCUGGGACAGGGUCUGAGACAGGGUCGGGGACAGGGUCUGAGACAGGGUCUGGGACAGGGUCUGGGACAGGGUCAGGGUUGGGGACAGGGUCGGGGACAGGGUCGGGGAGGACACUGUCCUACUGCCUCCUUUCUGCAGAGAACGACAUCUUCAGAGUACCCUGGGAGGAUGUAGUACACCCUCAGUUCAUUAACAGACCCACGGCCAUGGUGGCUGCACCUAUCAGAGUCCCUACCAAGGGAGAAGGGGACGGGGGGAGGGAACAGGACGUCUUCAAGCCUUCGGAUAGGGCCAGACGCAUUUUGAUUGACACAUCCAAGGCCCAAUGUGGAGAGAGUACGGAGGUGAAGCUCCUCCCACGGUUGAGACAGCCUAUCGAGACCAGGGACGAUGGGAAAGCAGCAGGAGAAGACGCUGAGGGAGAGUAUGUUGAACUGGAAGAGAUCUCUCUACCGCGCUUCUCUCCUCAGAAAGGAUCCUUAACACAGUCUGUUAGUCUGAACUACAGGAACCUGCAUAAACCCUGGACUACAGCCCGACACCCCCCCAAAGCAACCCCCUCCCAGCCCGUUCAUGCCCCGGUGAAAAGCAGCACUUUCUCCCAGUCCAUGGUGUGUUCCAGACUCAUCGAGGAAUACCUGAACAACGACGUGUUUUCCCCUGUCAUCCUCACCCCAACGGCCCCCACCUCCCCAACGGCCCCCACCUCCCCAACGGCCCCCACCUCCCCAACGGCCCCCACGGGCCCCAUGGCCCCCACGGGCCCCAUGGCCCCCACCUCCCUACGGCCCCCACCUCCCCUCGGCCCCCACCUCCCCCCACGGCCCCCACCUCCCCCACGGCCCCCACCUCCCCCAUGGCCCCCACCUCCCCAACGGCCCCCACCUCCCCAUGGCCCCCACCUCCCCAACGGCCCCCACCUCCCUUACGGCCCCCUCGGGCCCCAUGGCCCCCACCUCCCCACGGCCCCCACCUCCCCUAUGGCCCCCACGGGCCCCACGGCCCCCACCUCCCCACGGCCCCCACCUCCCUACGGCCCCCACCUCCCCUACGGCCCCCACCUCCCCAACGGCCCCCACGGGCCCCAUGGCCCCACCUCCCCUACGGCCCCACGGGCCCCACCUCCCCAACGGCCCCCACCUCCCCUACGGCCCCCACGGGCCCCAUGGCCCCCACCUCCCCUACGGCCCCCAUGGCCCCCACCUCCCCUACGGUCCCCACCUCCCCUACGACCAGAGAGGGGGUCAGCGGUGAGGGGACAGCGUCGGACCGUACAGAAGGUCUCCACCGGCCAAUCAGACACUCCCCAAGGAGAGGACCAGACACUGAACACUCUGACCGAGACUCUCAUACACUUAGCCCCCACUCCCACUCCCACUGACCACCAAACACCAACGCACUACACACCUUCCACUGAAUCAGAGACUGAGAGACCGGAGGACAAGGAGGAGGAGGAGGAGAUGGAGCAAGAGGAAGAGGAAGAGAACCACUCAGAUACUGAGCCCCAAGAGAAAGAAGAGACAGGAACAAGAGAUAGGGGAGGUCGAGCCCUGGUGACCGUGACCACGAGGAACACCGGCUGGUUGAACCCCAGCUGUGACUGUGGAGAACUGGUCAGAAUCCUGGUCUACUACUACACAAUGCUCAGGAAGGAGGUGCGUUCCCUAGGGUUGACAGUCCUAGUAGACUCUCGGCGGUGCUCCCCUGUCCCUGCUCUGUUCAGCGCCUUCAACAUACUUCAGGUAAGACACGGUCGAACAGGAAACCAGAGUGUUUACUGA